AGCGUCACAGGACGCCCAGGAACUCCUCACACCGCCUCCUCCAGCUCUACAUUCAGAAGCCGACUCACCGCAACGCCUCUACCAGUCUGCCUGCCAGCUCGCGCCCCGCCCGCCGCCGAGAUGCUCGCCCGCGCCCUGCUGCUCUGCGCUGCCGUGUCGCUCUGCACUGCAGCAAAUCCUUGCUGUUCCAACCCAUGCCAGAAUCGGGGUAUAUGUAUGAGUGUAGGAUUUGACCACUAUAAGUGUGACUGCACCCGAACAGGAUUCUACGGUGAAAACUGUACUACACCUGAAUUUCUGACAAGGAUAAAAUUAUUCCUGAAGCCCACUCCAAACACAGUGCACUACAUACUUACCCACUUCAAGGGAGUCUGGAACAUUGUCAAUAAUAUUCCCUUCCUGCGGAAUGCAAUUAUGAAAUACGUAUUGAUAUCGAGAUCACAUCUGAUUGAUAGCCCACCAACUUACAAUAUGCACUAUGGCUAUAAAAGCUGGGAAGCCUUUUCUAACCUCUCCUAUUAUACCAGAGCUCUUCCUCCUGUGCCUGAUGACUGCCCAACACCCAUGGGUGUGAAAGGGAGGAAAGAGCUUCCCGAUUCAAAGGAAGUUGUGGAAAAAUUACUUCUAAGAAGAAAGUUCAUCCCUGAUCCCCAGGGCACAAACAUGAUGUUUGCAUUCUUUGCCCAGCACUUCACCCAUCAGUUUUUCAAGACAGAUCAGAAGCGAGGACCAGCUUUCACCAAAGGACAGGGCCAUGGGGUGGACUUAAGUCAUGUUUAUGGUGAAUCUUUGGAGAGACAGCAUAAACUGCGCCUUUUCAAGGAUGGAAAAAUGAAGUAUCAGAUAAUUGAUGGUGAGAUGUAUCCUCCGACAGCCAAAGACACUCAAGUCGAGAUGAUCUACCCGCCUCACACUCCUGAACACCUCCGCUUUGCCGUGGGGCAUGAGGUCUUUGGUCUGGUGCCUGGUCUGAUGAUGUACGCCACAAUCUGGCUGCGGGAACAUAAUAGAGUGUGCGAUGUGCUUAAACAGGAGCACCCGGAAUGGGACGAUGAACGGCUGUUCCAGACGAGCAGGCUGAUACUGAUAGGAGAAACGAUUAAGAUUGUGAUCGAAGACUAUGUACAACACCUGAGUGGCUACCACUUCAAACUGAAGUUUGACCCAGAGCUGCUUUUCAACCAGCAAUUCCAAUACCAAAACCGUAUUGCUGCUGAGUUUAACACGCUCUACCACUGGCAUCCCCUUCUGCCUGACGCCUUCCAGAUUGAUGGCCACGAGUACAACUAUCAACAGUUUCUCUACAAUAACUCUAUCUUACUGGAACAUGGCAUCACCCAAUUUGUUGAAUCAUUUAGCAGGCAAAUUGCUGGCAGGGUUGCUGGUGGUAGGAAUCUUCCAGCUGCAGUACAAAAAGUAUCAAAGGCCUCAAUCGACCAGAGCAGAGAGAUGAGAUACCAGUCUUUUAAUGAAUACCGCAAGCGCUUUCUGCUGAAGCCCUAUCGAUCAUUUGAAGAACUUACAGGAGAGAAGGAAAUGGCUGCAGAGUUAGAAGCGCUCUAUGGUGACAUUGAUGCCAUGGAGCUGUAUCCUGCCCUUCUGGUAGAAAAGCCUCGCCCAGAUGCCAUCUUUGGGGAGACCAUGGUAGAAGCUGGAGCCCCAUUCUCCUUGAAAGGACUUAUGGGUAAUCCUAUCUGUUCUCCUGAGUACUGGAAGCCUAGUACUUUUGGUGGAGAAGUAGGUUUUAAAAUCAUCAACACUGCCUCGAUUCAGUCUCUCAUCUGCAAUAAUGUGAAAGGCUGCCCUUUUACCUCAUUCAGUGUUCAAGAUCCACAGCUCGCCAAAACAGUCACAAUUAAUGCAAGCUCUUCCCACUCUGGACUAGAUGAUAUCAACCCCACAGUACUACUAAAAGAACGAUCGACGGAACUGUAGAAGCCUAUUGAUCAUAUUUAUUUAUUUAUAUGAACUAUGUCUUAAGUUAAUUAUUUAAUAUUUAUAUUGAACUCCUUGUGUUACUUAACAUCUUCUGUUAAGGAGAAAGGGGUCAUACUUGUGAAGAUUUUUCUGUUGAUUUUAAAGAUGUCUUUUCUUCAAGUUAAAGGGGAAAGCAGUUUUCAUUCUUUUGUACAAUCCAAUGGGAAAUGAGUGUGACAUCUUUUUACUUGAAUUUCAACUUAUAGUAAGAACAAAAGCUAAGAUGUUUGAACAUUUAAAUGCUGUUACAAGACGGCAAAAUGCUGCACAUUUCUUUCUACACUGUUGAUCUUUCCAAGGUGUGUGAGAAGGAACUACCUACUCACCAGUACUUUUAGUCGUUUUGCUAAGAGAAACUCUUUGCUCAGUUUACUUCCAUCCUUUUUGUUUUCCUGGUUUUAGGAUCCGAGUUUGCCUUUCUUUGGACUCUUGUCUCUUUUUUCUACCUGAACUUUUGAAAGUUUUCAGGAAAACCUCAGCUCAGGACUGCUAUUUAGUUCCUCGUAAGAGGGAUAAAGGGAGAAACAAAAACCCUAACCAAAGGCCUUUACAAAAAGGCAUACAUUCAUUUUGAGUGAAAGACAAAGAACUUUAUCCAUUGCUAAUUUUAGCAAUGUAUAACUAAAGAAGCCUUAUAGAGGCUAAUACCUUAGCCUUACAGAGGCUACAACCUUGAGACCAAGAAAGUUAUUCCUAUUCAAAUGAAUGUCAUUUCUCAUUUAAAAGUAAAACCAAACAGGGAGUUCCCUGGUGAUCUAGUGGUUAGGAUUCAGGGCUUUCACUGGCUGCAACCUGGGUUCACUCCCUGGUCUGGGAACUGAGAUCCCCCAUCAAGCCAUUGCACACUGCUGCCAACAAAACAAAACAGAACAAAACAGUUGCUGCAUAGUUCCCAGCAAUAGCUUCUUUUCCACAUCUCAUUGUCGGUUGACAUUUUCUGGUACUGUAUAUUAAUUUAUUGAGGACUAUUAUUUAUGUUUUAUUAGGAUGUUAUUAUAAACUGGGUUUAAGGCUGCAGUCAUAGUUUUUUUUGUUUGUUUUCUUGGUUUUUUUUUUUUUUUGCCUUAUGUCAGAAUCAAUGUAUCUUUUGGGAUUACCUCUCUGAAUUACAAGAUAAAUGAUUGGAUUAUGAUUUGUGAAUACAUUUUUAGGAAUCCAGCUCUGGUAUACUAAGACGUAAGGUUGGAAUUUGUGACUUUUAAGGUUUACGUAUAUACCAGACCACAGAGAACAUUGUGUCUCAUUAGGCCCGGAUGGAUGUUAUGAGACUGACAUUUUAUACAUCUUCAAAGGACCUGUGGAUGUUUUGUUAAUUCAUUCAGCCAUAAUGAAUUGAGAAUGGAGAGACAUUCUGGGCAAAGCACUGGGUUUUGAUAUUUUUAAAUCAAGCACUGAUUACAGAUAACAUCAGUAUUUAUGUAAAUAAUUGAAAAAGCAUGCCUCGGGCAGAGGCAGAAAGGGAAAUUUCAUUAGAGAAAUAACUCAGGGGAACUUUUCAUUAAGAAUUUAUGUUUAAAGGGUUUUGGUUGAGAGUCAGUAAUAGAAGGGCGUGUAUAAAAAACUGUUAACUUCACUGAUUUUUUUUUUUUAAAGCUGAUUUGUUAAUAUCUGAAUGCCUGAAUCUGGGAAUUUGGAA